GUUUUCUCCCGUCCGCUCCAGAUCUUUUUCUUUGAGAAAACAAAAAGUUCGCGACUUCUUCCCUGCAACAGAUCCAUUAAUUCUUCUGUUCCAGAGGAAGCUUUUGAUUUAGAGAGCUUCAUUUGGUCGUCAUGUCUGCUCUGAGCCGCAACAUCUGCACUGCAGCAUCCAGGUCGCUUCGGCAGAAAGCUGCGAGGAACCCCACUGCUUCGGCCAUCUCACGAGCUGUUUCUCGCCCUUCCAUUGCUUCCUCCACCUCCAAAUUCUCAGGUCUACAGCAGAUUUCGAGGUCCGCAGCUUUCUCCACCAUGUCUCCUCUCCAAAGCGGCGCUCCUGCGCCGACAAGUGCAAACAAAUGGGAUCCGGAGCUGGUUGAUAUGGCGAGCUAUAUCCACAAUUACAAAGUCGACUCCGAACUGGCAUUCGACACGGCCCGCUGGGUUUUCCUCGACACCAUCGGUUGCGGUCUCAAGGCUCUGGAAUUCAAGGAGUGCACGAAACUUCUCGGGCCCGUCGUUCCCGGCACCAUUGUCCCUAAUGGCACCCGUGUCUUCGGCACUCCGUACCAGCUGGACCCCAUUCAGGGCGCCUUCAACAUCGGCGCCAUGAUCCGGUGGUUGGACUUCAAUGACUGCUGGCUGGCGGCCGAGUGGGGCCAUCCGUCCGACAACUUGGGCGCCAUCCUCGCCGUUGCGGACUGGAUCUCGCGAACGAACCGUGCCGGCGGCAACCUCGGCAACGGCAAGAUCCUCACGGUCCACGACGUGCUCGAGGCCAUGAUCAAGGCCCAUGAGAUCCAGGGAUGCUUGGCGCUGGAGAACAGCUUCAACAAGGUCGGUCUCGACCACGUGGUACUGGUCAAGGUCGCGAGCACGGCGGUCGUGGCGAAGAUGCUCGGUUUGAACGAGUCACAGACCCGCGAUGCUAUCUCCCAGGCGUGGGGCGAUGGUCAGUCCAUGCGCACUUACAGGCACACCCCGAACACCAUGAGCCGAAAGAGCUGGGCUGCUGGUGAUGCUUGCCAGACCGCCGUCAACCUGUGCUUGAAGGUCCAGGCCGGUGAGGGUGGCAUGCCGUCCGUCCUCAGCACCCCGACCUGGGGCUUCUAUGACGUGAACUUCGGCGGCAAGCCGUUCGAGUUCCAGAGGCCGUAUGGCAGCUAUGUCAUGGAGAGCGUUCUGUUCAAGGUCUCCUACCCUGCCGAAUUCCAUUCCCAAACUGCCGUCGAGGCUGCUCAGCGCCUCAACAAGAAGCUCGCGGCUCUGGGCAAGACCGCUGCCGAUAUCGAGGAGGUCGUCAACCGAACUCACGAGGCUUGCAUCCGCAUCAUCGACAAGCAGUUCAAGCCCAUGGACAACUUCGCGGACCGCGACCACUGCGUCCAGUAUAUGGUUUCCACUAUGUUCGUCUUCAACCGCCUCGAGGCCACCGACUACCCCGAUGGCUCCGAAGCCGCCACCUCCGAGCUCGUCGAGAGCCUCCGCCAGCGCAUCCGCUGCGUCGAGGACCCGCAGUUCACCGCCGACUACCACAACCCCAACAAGCGCACCAUCGCCAACGCCCUCACUGUCAAGCUCCGCGACGGCACCGUCCUGGAGGAGGAGGUCGUCGAGGCGCCGCUUGGACACAGGCUGCGACGUGAGGAGGCGAAGCCGGAGAUCUUGAAGAAGUUCGAGAGGCACAUCACCCCGCAUUACGAUGCCACGAAGGUCAAGGAGAUGGUUGCAUUGGGUCAAGAUUUGGAGAAGCUGUCGGAGAUGGAAGUUGAUAAGUUUGUUGAUUUGUACGUGACGGAGGCAUAGAGGGCUUUUACGAGAUUGUCGUUGAUAUAAAUUGCUUCAUUUGUCAAAAAAAAUGUGGUUCGUUAGGCGCUAGCCAUGUAUUUUUCUUGAGGCGGCUAGAUAGACCAAGUUUUACAGCAAUUGGAGAAAUUUGAAGCUCCAUUUAACUUGAUUUUCUUUGGCUAUAUUGGUUUUCGAUAUCAAACCCUUCAUUUGCC